CACCAUAAAACACUGACGGAAACGUCAACGCGGUUCGGCUGAUGCCGACGACACAAUGGCCUGAGGUCCAGUAGAGGUCGAGGGGAAGCUUAAGGAAGAUCACAAAGGAGGGGAAAGGAGUGAAGACUGCCAUGUGUCACUGGGAAUAACUAAAGCAGAUUCUUUUUGAGAGGGGAGGAGGACGAGUGGAUGAGGGCAGGGAGGAGAGGAACUCGUUGGAGCACCCUGCAGAGGGCAAAACAGGACACACAGUUGGAAAUUUAAGGUUAGCAGUGUUGCCAUGGCGAGGUCAGGUCGCCCGGCAUCUGAAAGCUACCAGCCGGCCCGCCGCUCAGUCCGCCAGUCAGUGUCCUCCUGCCACGAAGCUGGAAUGGUGGGAGAAGAGGACGACCGGGCUCCCAUCUUCUCCCUCUCCAAGAGCUCCAUGGACGUUGUCACGGCGACGGACAAGCGGGACCCGGCCUGGACUCGGCUGGACCUGAGGCGCAGCUCCAGCACCAACACGCACUCCGACCAGAGCCCGGCGACGCUUCAGCAGCUGCGCCACCACAGGUGGAGGCACAACAGUCACCACGCGUCCUUCACCACCCAGAACGAGGACUUGCUCAGCCCUCCUCCGCUCAGCGAGCGCUGGAUGGCCAACAUGCACCGCUGGAGCGGCUGCAGCGGCAGCACGCAGGGCGGCAGCACGCUCAGCCGCAGCAGCACCCCAGACACGGUGGUGUGGAAAGGAGGAGCCGCGUGUCUGUACGGUCUCCACCAGGACUCCUUUGACUCCUUCAUGCCAGACUCUCCCCUGUCCAAACUAGCCUCUCCACCCACCACGCCCUCCCCUUUCAUCUCCCCAUGUGACACCCCCACUUUACAAUCAUUACACCUCUUGAAUUCUUCCUCUUCCCCACUGACACUGAGCGCUGAUAAGUUACCUGAAUCCUCGGCUCCGACUCUGGAGGAGGACGGUUCCCCGGAGAAGCUUUCCUUCCAGUUCCCCUCCCCGGUCCCGUCUCCGAUCAGCUUACCCGAGCCAGCGGCGUAUUCAGAACCCGACUGCUUUUUGGACAACACGAUGAAACGGGUCCCCAGCCUGAGGGAAAACCACCUAUCAGAGGACGAGGAAGCCAAAAGCCCGCUGGAAACGUCCAGCUGCCUGAAGCCUGAUUCUCCUGCAGAAGGACAAGAGUCUCCACGCUGCCAUCUUGUGCUGCCAGAGCAGGCAGGGGAAGGUGCCCCGACCGGACGGGGCGGGAGGCCGCCGCUCGUGUCUUCCCUGAGCGACUCGCGGCUGGGCGGCUGCCGCAGGUGCGACCUGAACCCCUGGCAGGCCGCAAAGACUCCAAAGGUUGAAGAGGCUACGAUGACGUCGCGGCGGGAGAUGGUGGACGCGGCCGUGCAGACGGCCUCCCCUCUGGGCUCCAGCGGUGACCUCAGGGGGAACAUCUGCACCUCCAACACGGGCUCCCACUCCAUCUUGGGCUCCCCGCCCGGAUCCAGACUGAACCUGAAGUCCCCGUUGGGAUCUCACUCCAACCUGGUGUCGCCAUCGUCCAGCAUGUUCCCGGUGAGCAGCGGUGACGAGGAGGAGGAGAAGCAGGGCCACGACCCGGAGUGGGACGCCUCCUCGGCCUCCUCGCCGCAGCUGGAGAGGAAGAGGUCGUGUCUGAAGUCUGAAGCGGACGAACGGGACGAGAUGGGGAGGAGGAGCAGCAUGAAGCAGGUGCAGUGGGACGAGGACGGGCUGACGUGGGAGAUCCACGGCGCCUCCUUAGACCCGCAGGAGCUGAGCUCGGCCAUCCAGAAACAUCUGGACCUCAAGAACACGCCGCCGCCGCGGAAACGUUCCUCCAAGAAGAAGAAAGCGCCGAAGCCUCCCAGCAUAUCCAGCUUGGUCACGACCAUGGCCCCCGAUAUGAGUCCACCGGCCAUGGGCAUCAAGUGUAUGGUGGAGGGAGACAGCGAGGACACGCCGGAGGCCGAGACGCCGCCACGGCAGGACGCAGGAGACAGGACGGAAGAAACGACUGUGAUUCCUCGCAGAGGAAGCAAAACGGAGAGAGACAACAAAAAUGACCCGGAGGAGAAAGUGUGUGGGGAGCAUGUCGUGGAGAACCCGAAGGCAUCCACGGACGGUACGGAACCCAGCAGGAAGAGGGCCGUGAUCCGGUCCCUGAGGAGGCCUCUGUGGUGCGGAGGCUCCAGAAACACCGACGACUGACCAACCGUCCCGCUCUCUGAUCCAGUCCUGCGUAAAAACACAGGAUGGUACGGUUCUGAUUAGCUUGUCUUGCACGCCGCCAGUGAAUUAGCAACAAACCACCAGGAGGUGAAACAUUGAUUUAUAUAGAUGAUCAAUAAAAACAUUUUGUCUGCUGCUUAAAAGUUUUUUUCUUUGCUUCCCCGUCCAGAUCUUGUUUUUUCAA